UUCCAUGUAUUAUAUUAUAUGAUACCCUAAAACACGAGAAAAGCCCAACCUUCUUGUCUUCUUCGAUUAUUCGACUCUAUCAGUCUCUCUCUGUUCUCUCUUCCGCCCUAGCCGCCGCCCCAGCCCCUGCUUCCGUGCGGCGUCACCGUCGCUCCGUCGCCCCGUCGCCGCCGAGAACAAAGGUGAAGACACAAUUUCAGAUUCUGAAUCUUCUUCAUAGCGUAUUAGCUCCAAAAGACUACAAAUUGAGGUUCACAAACGUACGUUGAAUUCUCAUUCAUGGAUCCUCAGCCCGAACCAGUCAGCUACAUUUGUGGAGAUUGUGGAAUGGAGAACACUCUGAAGCCAGGUGAUGUGAUACAAUGCCGGGAGUGCGGUUACCGUAUCUUGUACAAGAAGCGCACCCGCCGCAUUGUUCAGUACGAGGCACGUUGAAGAAGAGAUUUGGGAAGAAUAGAAUACUACGUCUUAUCUCGGUGCACUUCUCGUGUUUGGUUUCUUCAACAACAACCAAAAAAAAGAAAAGAGAGUUUUUCAUGGGGGUUAAUGAAUUGUUUGUGUGUGAAGAAUCAAUCAGAUUGGAAAUUCUCUCUAGUAUUUAUGCUGCUUGAAAGAUAUUACAACUUUAUUAAUGGUAAUGUAAUCAGACGGACAUUUUUCCAAUAUUUUCAUCUGUUACUCUAGAAAUGAGCAAUCAUCUCGCUCUCACCUCUCAACUUAUUUUUAAUGCUUUUCUAUGAUACCCUUAACAGUUGUAACCGUAAAACCACCCGCCACGAUGUGAUCUUCCGGAUCGGUGGUUGCUGCGGCUAGAUCGAGGCAGUAGCCAUGUGGUUUUC